AUGUGGAAUAAGGGAGUUGCUCGGCUCACGCAGAUUCCCGUGCUAAGUCGGGAGUUACAGCUAUUGCUGAGGAGCACUCAGCCUGGCUGUGGGGAGGGCGCCCAGGGAGGCGCAGACCGAGGCUCAAGCUCCAGGCUCUUCUCUCGUCUGACUCACCUCAGCAUCACGAUGGAGCCCAACAGCCCUAAAAAAAUACAGUUUGCUGUGCCACUGUUUCAGAGUCAAAUAGAUCCCGAGGCAGCUGAGCAGAUCAGGAAAAGAAGGCCUACACCAGCAUCACUCGUCAUCAUGAAUGAACACGUGCCCCCGGAAAAAGGUGAGAAGAGAACAAACAUCUCACAGGCAGAGUCCCAGAGCGCCUCUCCCAAGCAAAGGAAGCAGAGCGUCUUCACCCCGCCGGCCCUCAAAGGGAUUAAGCAUCUGAAGAGUCAGAGUGAUUCAGCGUUUCCAGAGGAAGAAGAGGGAGUUAGCGAAAGGGAAGAGGAGUGGGGCCAUUAA